AUGCCUAUGUACAUACACUCACCACAACCAGGCCAAAUGAGACCACAAGGAGGAGGAUGCUAUCACCAAGGCUUUGGGGGUUAUCCUCACCAUGUGACAAUGGAUGCUUCAUCACCUGCGUCGUCGUGUGAACAUUGGCCCGCUCCAUCACCGUGUUAUGGAAGCUGCAUCCAUGGCAAUUUUCCUCCCUACUACAAUCCUUACUGUGCUCCUUGUUAUCCCCCACAAGUGCCAUACCAUACGUGUUGGAUGAACCAUUCUGGUUUCCAUCCUCACGCUCCUCCUUGUUACAUUCAACAGCCGUUUCCUGUCGGUUAUCAACAAGGGUUUGAGUCUGACAAGGAUGUGACUGGGAAGAAUCGAUGUUCAAAGUGUUCUUCCCCGGGGAAGAAUGGCUCUGGUGUUGUUAUUGAAGAGCAUGAGCCGGAGAAUGUGCAAGGAGACCGUGGAGAGGUCCGUUCCACCAACUAUCCUUAUCCCAUUGUAUGGAUGCCUCAUGAGAACUCUAGGAAUCAACAGCAUGGAAAUCAUAAUCAACCUCCUGCUCAUGUUAAAGCUCCUGAGACUGAGAGUAGGAAGGUGCAGAAAGGUGAUCCUAUGUCUUGGAAUGGUGGUUUUCCAUUAGACGAGAACACCCUCAAGUCCUUGAUUCAAAAUCAAGACAGGAGUAAGAAGCAGAAUGGGAAUACCGUGGAGCUGCCUUUUGAUAUCAGCAAGCUGAAAUCCUUACUGCAGGGUCAAGGACAGACCCAGAAGAGCAAAGAGCCGGGACAACUUCAGUAUCCUAUCUUUUGGAUACCAUCUCAGGGGAAACAGGAAGAUGUUGGAGCCUCUGAGAAGAAGGAGCGCGGUAACGAAGGCAGUGACUUGAAGUCUGUCUCUUCUGAUCAUUUAGAUAACGAUCAAAUUGCCAAAUGUGACAACGGGAACAUUGAGGGCAAGGCAGUCUCGGAUGCGGAGGAGAAAAGACUCGUGAGAAACAUCCCCGUGCAGAGCUAUAAAGAACCAAGAAGUGUUCCCGUCAAACAGUUAGAAAACCAUCUUCCAGAGUCAACGGAGAAGAAGACAGAGCCAGCUGAGGACACAAGAAAAGAGCAGCGUUCGUCUCCAACAAAAGCAUCUAGGUUGCCUCCGGUUUGUCUGCGUGUUGACCCGUUGCCGAAGAGGAAAAGUGGCAAAUCAAAAUCUCUUAGCCCUCCGAGACGAAAGGAACAAACCAUAACAUCAGAAGAGAGCAAGGUCGCUUCUCCGCUGAGCUCUAAGAAGGUCGAAACAAGGACUAUUCCUGAUGCUUGUAAUGGAAAAUGUGAAGAGGCAAACAAGGAAACGAAGACGCCUGAGGGAUGCAUGAAGCCAACAGAAAAAGAAUCAGUUGAAACCAAAUCUGGUCUGCAAGGGGUGAAAUGUGAUAUCGUUAAACCUUGUGAAGCUAAGGAGAAUGUAGAGAAUCCUGCAAAGAAGAACUUUACAGAAGAGGAAGCUGCUAUAGUUAUCCAAUCUAGAUACCGCGGAUAUGAUGUGAGAAGAUGGGAGCCAAUUAAGAAACUGAAAGAGAUAGCUAGUGUUCGCGAGCAGAUGGGUGAUGUUAAAAAGCGUGUUCAGGCGCUAGAAUUAUCUGCUGAUCAGCACACUGAAGGAAAGGAGAUCGUAGUUCUGGGAGAAAUGGUGAUGAGCCUUCUAUUAAAACUUGAUUCUGUCCAGGGCUUGCAUCCUAGUAUCAGAGAAUAUAGAAAAUCUUUGGCUAGAGAGCUCUCGGACUUGCAGGAGAACAUUGACUCCUUGAAAAAGUGCAGUGUGGAGAAAGAAGCUGUGGAGGAGCAAGUGGAUUCUGCCUCACAGACUAGUGAAUGUCCAGUGAGCUUGGAGCACAGUCAGCUUGCAGAACAGAACAUGAUGGCAUCUGAUUCGAAUACGGAGAAGGUUUGUCCUACUUCCCCCGAGGAACAUCUUACGAGUCUCAAGAACACAACAGAUGCACAUCUGGUGGCUGAAGCAGAAGGAGCAAUUGAGCUGUCUGAGACUCUAGCGACGGAUCCUGAGCCAGCUGCUGAAACAGUUGAAGCGGACUCGACAACCAUUCCAGAGAAAAUUGAAGCGCCUGAGCCUAUGUUACCACCAAUCAACCCAUCAUCAGCUGAUGGAAAUGAAAUGACAGUGACGAAUAAGGAAGACAGAGUCAUGGAGGAUCCAUUGCCCGAAUUGCCAGAAGUGGUGGAAACAACCCUUGGCCUGGAAAAUGCUACCGAAGUCCGUGAAACUGCGGCCAACGCGUCUGAGAGUGAAGACCGAAAGGGAGAUGAUGAUUCCGAAUUGCCUUCAGAAACAACUGAAGCAGUCGAGGCUGUUUUACCAAUCAAUCCAUCGUUAUCUGAUGGAAAAGAAAUGACAGUGACUAAUAUUGACGAAGACAACAAAGUCAUGGUGGAGAAGCAGCUACACGAAUUGCCGCAAGUGGUGGAAACGUCCGAUGUUGAAGGCCUGGAAAAUGCUAACGAAGUCUCUGAAACUGUGGCCAACGCGUCUGAGACUGAAGACAGAAAGAGAGACGAUGUUUCCGUGUUACCUUCAGAGAAAAAUGAGGCGAUUGAGACUGUUCCACCAGCCAAUUCAUCGUCAGCGGAUGCAGUUGAAUUACCAAUGUCCAAUGUUGACGAAGACCAAGUCAUGGUGGAGGAGCCGCUGCACGAAUUGCCGCAAGUGGUGGAAACAACUGGUGGACCUGCUUUGGAAGACCUGGAAAAUGCUACUGAAGUCUCUGAAAUUGUGGCCAAAGCCUCUGAGACUGAAGACAGAAAAGGGGACGAUGAUUCCGUCUUGCUUUCAGAGAAAGAUGUGGAAUUCUCCGAGCUACCUGUUGGACUAAUUGAUGAUAAAAUGCAGCUUCCUUCACAAGAUUCAUUAUCAUUUCAUGGAGCGGAGAAGACUGUAUUGGACCCUGAGACAGCAAGCAAGGAGGAAACUAACGUUGACCACUCGUGCGAUUACUCCAGUGACACAGGCCAAGAUACACAAGUCACUGAACUUGGGAUGCCAGAAGAAACAAAAAAACUGAUGGAGGAGAACCAACGAUUCAAGGAAACAAUGGAGACGCUUCUAAAGGCAGGCAGAGAACAACUCGAAGUCAUAUCAAAAUUAACAGGUCGGGUCAAAAGCCUAGAGAAGAAACUGUCGCAGAAGAAGAGGACUCAUGUUGGACGUCGUAAACUCAACCGUGGAAAGCAAACAACCAAACCUAUGUCGGCAAGUUGUACUGAUGCCUUAAUGUAA